UGCAUUUGCACAGUUCGUCGGGGUCGCAUCGACACCGACAGACCGCAUACUCCUUCCACUCGAUGACCUGCUUGGGACAGACCCUGGCCUAUAUCGCCGUGGGAUAAAAUGCAGGUUAUCGUACACAAGAUGCGAGAUGGAGGGGCGGAUGGCCAGAUUUCCUGCCGGCCUGCCAGCCCCCUGGGUGCUCCCUCUGCCUCUCUCUCUCCCUCCACUCGAAUACGCGCGCAGAGUUGCACAAUAUUUGCAAUGGAACACAACGCAGCCAGAGCCAGCCCAAUGCAGUUCCGACGAAUUUACCGGGUUGGCGUCGCCACACUACUUUGUCUCUCGCCGUCUUGCUCGCUCUCCCUCCCUCCCUAUUUCUCCUCUCUUCUUCCAGACCCUCACGGUUGCUUGGCAUUCUCUCAGACAUACGAGACCUGGUGUUCGUGUCUUGGGCUCCUCCAGCUGGUCGUCGCCAUGGAGUGACGAGUUGUUCAAGGCGCCGGCCGGGGCGACAGGGCUGCCCCUCUUCUCGUUGUCGCUUAUCUCGAGGGUCGAGGGUCGAGGGUGCGGUGGUCCCAGAUCCCGGGCCAACUAAUGAUAUCCCAUGUCGUUCUCGUUGUGGAUGUCACAGGAUUGGAGGCUUCAUGGGCGCUUUGCUUCGGCCACCCACCCCCAUCCACCACCCACAGCCGUCCACCCGGCACCACUAUCCAGCCGUGGGACGGCAGGACGGCAGGAUAGGCCCUUGACCCUCAACCGUCUCCGCUUCUCCCGCACAGGGUGUGUGCUCCGAGCCCUUAGAUUGUCCGCAAAUUCAUCCCACGAAGCUAUUGGCUGCCGCUGGAUCACGCGUCCGCGCGGGACUGUAAGAGGGUGGGGUUAGGUGUUGCGCAGUGCUUCACAGUCACAAGCAAAGUCAAGUCCCGGAUGUGCUCCACAGCAUGCAUUGCGCUUGGCCCGGCUUCUUUCCGGCCUAGCCUCAAGCCUCUGAGGAAGAGAGAUAUGCUCCAUGAGCUCACUUCCGCCACAGACAGCGCAUCCGUUACGCCGGCCCUGCUGCCCUCUUGUGCCCUCUUGUGCCCUCCUGCUGGUGCGAUGCUUGCUCGUGGUGAUGUUGCCGCAGAUCCUGCCGCGACACCACACAAUGUCUGUGGCCGCAGGCCACUUCCCUGACCGGUGAGUUUGCGGCUCAAAAUCCCCCCUCGCAUGUCCAAGACACACCACCCAGCAUAUCAAUGAGACGUUGGGACCCACUCCACCUGUGGGCUUCUCUGCGGAUGCCAGACUAGCAGAUCACCACGGGUCCCACUCCGUUCCUGAUCUGGGGUCAUUAACCCCUCAAAAUUCCUCUAUGCUGUCUUUUGGUUCUGCCUGCGUCUACCUGUGCCUACCUGUGCCUACCCGUAUCUGCCUGCUCCACCACAGUACUGCCCUGGCAGCUACCAUCUCUUCUCUCUUGUGUCACCUGGUCAUCCAUCUCUCGCUAGUCACGGCCCGGGCGACGAAGAUGUGAUCAUGGAUGACUCUGUCACUUGGAACUAUGACAAUCCCGUUUACGAUCAACAAAAGGGUCGCUGGUAUUAUGAGGGCAGGAGGCCUGAUGGUUCAAGAGUCCGGAAGUAUCCUCCGGUUGGUGAUAGUCAGACGACCCACCAGGAAACCAGGAGUACUUACCAGUUGACUCCUCGUAACGAUGCUUCAGCUCUUGCGGCGGGCAUGCAGGCUAUGAGCAUCCAGCCUGUGGGGUCCUACGAUGGCGACGCUCAACACUACACAACUGUGCAGCCUGGUGGAUACAGCCCAGCGACCUCAAGCCAAGCACAUACUUGGUCAGAACAUCGGCCCUCAGUAUAUGCAACAGCGGGUGCAACCACUACGACGGAAUCCGGGACUGGGGUGCAGCAGAGUGGCCCUGACGUGUACUCCCACAGCCCUGGCACCUCCACUAAAGAUACCCGAGCGGACACACUCCACCAUGACAGCCAGGCUCACGGGAAUUAUGCAACAGGACUCUCGAGUGGAUCGAGUUACCAACACUAUGAAGAGGUGAAGAGGGACCCGGUAUCUUCCUACCCAUCACCCUCCACGUCAUCAUCCGUAAACCCACUCUACGGUGCGCUCGGUGGCAAUGAGAUGCAGUACAAUGAUGGAUACGGCGCUCAGCCUUCUGCGACAAUGGACUCCGCCUAUGCAGACACCAGGAGCUCGGACAGGUCAAGAAAGCACAAGCAUAGCAGUAAAGGCAAAGGGAAGGUCCGCGCGGACAUGGAUCCAUAUGGCGAUGCAAGCGCGGGCAAGCCGAUGGCAUACAAUGUGCCAACACCUAGCAGUGGCAGCACCGCACAAGGCGAUUACUACUCAAACUACCCCAGCUACGAUUCCGCCCCUGGACAGCCUUACCGGACCAGUGCUUAUCCAGGACAAAGCGACUACGGAGGACAUGCACCUGGCCAAGAGUCGCGAUACGGCACCAGUCCUAUUAGCACAUCAUCCUCUGCCCCGAGAAACUUCGGCAAUCUUGCCGUUGAAGCCACGGUUGGAAGCACCGAAAGGGACUUUGAGUCUUACACCCGAGGUCUGUACGAGCAAGGGGGCGGAGGCGGGGACUCGUCGACAGGCUACCGAGGCUCGGUAUACCAGGCUACAGCUGAGGGCGCCCAGGCACCGUCUAAGAGUCAUUCGAAGAAGUCAGACGUCACCAGUGGCAUGCAAACAAAUGCAGAAUAUCUGGACGGCAGGUAUCAAGUUCAGCCUUCGAUGAAGUUCGAGCCGGGAAAUGUCUUCAAAGUGAUGUGGUCCGAGCCAAAAGGAGGGACCAUUCCCGGUGGAGGCAGCAGGUUUUCGGACACCCUUUUGCAGGACCAUAUGAGUGGGGUGUGGACGGGUUUCCGUCGCUUCAUUGUCAUCAGAAACGGCGAAGGACAUUGCAACUGCGUACCUAUCUUGACGUACGGAAAGCUGGGGUGCCUGAAAAAUGGCGUCAAGCCACAUCACCACGGAAUUGUCUACGAAAAGGGCUCGCAGCCAAUCAGACUGCCGAAAGAGCCCGACCUCAGAUUCAGGCCGAUCUGUAUGGAGAUGAAUCCCGGCGAGCACAUCUCGGAGGAGUCAAGGGUCAACUACUCAAAGCUGGUGACUGUCGAGCACAACGUCAAGGUGCUUUUCGUUGGCAACGUUCUUUACGAGGACUGGCCCAUCGUGCAGCAGGCUGUUGAUGAGUGCUGGGAUUCAAAGAAAACGCACAGGUCUGAACACUCCGGCCAUCGAAGUGGUCAUCGAAAAAAGAGAUAAAGGCAGUGUGCUCCGGGCCCCGACGGGCGACGGCUGUCGGACACUGCGCUAUACCGAAGCGAUUCUUCUUCGAACGCCCAGUCGAUCCAACACGAACGUCGACUCAGCUCGGGACGAAUUUUCUGACAAUACGUUCUUCGAGGGUGCUGCACGACACCUCCUUCAUACACGUUUAUGGAGGGUUAAGCACGGCACUCGGACUGGCAACUUGCGUAGGGUGAUAUUUUCUUGUUUGGUUCAUGAUUCUGAAGUACGAAUUCUGCUGGCCAGAACUGGCAUUGAUGGUUUCCCCCACAGACAGCACAGUAAAGUUGUGCGAUUGACGUUCAUGGGCAGAAUGGUACACGGCAGUAAUGCCUACUCGGCAGCCGUGACAAUGAUGACGACAGAGACGCAGGAAGCGUCACUUGUUUUGUUGCUCUGAUUUGUAUUCAUCUUUUCACAUGCCCUUCGUGUGGAGUUGAACAGUAUCCAACACCAAGACUUGCAAGUUCAGCCUGAGGAUGUCUACUCAUGUGUAACGAGAAAUUUGGUGGUAGCGAUCUGGGUGCAGACAGCCUUUGCUCUUUUCUUCUGGGAUAUGCGCUUACUGCGCCUGACAAUCAAUCGCAGAUGUCGCAGAUGGGUGGCGAGGCGGUCUUUGGAUCGACCACUGUCUUGCUUGGGAGAUCGACGUUCAGGCUUACCGAUGCCUGCAGCCUAGACCGAAACGCAAAUAAUCCAUAGCCUUGUAACGCCUGGGCGGAACGAAGUCGAGAAACCAGGCCUUUCUGAAAAGUUGGCGCAGGCCCAACGAGCGAUGCUGACCUUAAUGGCCGGUCGCAUGUGAAAGUCGCCAAAGCCAAGUCUAGACCUGCUAGUCAGAGUGGGUGCUUUUGCUCGGGUAUUUCUCCAGGGGUCUGGGCCGGGAGCCAAU